AUGGCCAACAAGACAAAGGGCGCCAAGCGCGCCAAAACUGGAGAGAAUGAGACGUAUAGCAUCAAGGAGAUUCUCGAACAGGAUAAGCAGAACAUCCGGGACACGUAUGGAGGCAAGUUCUUCGAGUGUCUGCAGCGCGGCCUCACAGAGCUCCGGCAGGAAGAACCCAAAGUCGACAUGACCGAGGAGAAGCUCAGGACCCUGAGCAACCAGAUUUGUGACGCGUGCUAUGAUUUCUACUGGCAUGACAGGCGGGUAUUCAAGCAGAAGAUCUUCGAAAUUUACAGCAACAUGAAGAGGGAAAACAACCAUGACCUGCGGCGUAAAAUCAUAACAAAAGUCAUGACGGUGAACGAGCUUAUCCACGCAGAGACGAUAAAGCUGGCUCCCGACGAGGUGCAACAGAAAAGGCAAAUUGAGGUCGAAAAACACUAUCUGCGAAACGUCAUACUGCCGGGCGACCGGAACAACGUUGCAACAACAGCGGUCGCCGAGCCCACGCAAUCUCCGGAAAGCGAUACUGCAUUAGAGAAGGCUGUCAGCCCCAGCAGAAGUAGCAGUGGACUGGACCGUAUGGUCAGUCCUGGUAGCCGCGACGGGACAAACCUUUUCGAUAGCGAUAUCUCGGAUGAGCAGCAGUCGGAUUCGUCUGGAGAGGAGGAAGAGUCAGACCAAGAUGGAGAUGGUGAUGAAAACGCACCUCAAUCGGAUGCGGACACUGCGCGGCCUGGCGCCGCUAGCACAUCGCCAGCGGCGGGGCUGAGUGCCACCCGUUAUGAGGCCGACGGCGACCGCGGGGAAACAUCUACAUCAAUCGACGAAAGGGGUGAAACUGGUGAUCACACACCAAAACGGCGGAAUAGUGCGUCACCCAGCAGUCUUAUGGAAGAUAUUGAUUCGAGUAGCAUUUUCUUGACACGCCAGCAUAGGGUUGAGUCGGACGAGGAAGCAACACCUAAGAGACCUCAAGCGCCAGACGGAAGCCAAUUCACGCUAGAGCACGUCAUGGCGAAAAUAGAGGGACGUCUUGACGCGCUACCAGCGUAUAUUGCAAAACCGUUCAGGGGACCGCUGAAAUGCGGACACAAGCGCGUAUCACUGCUCAUGGCGAGGUCGCACAUCCUGCACAGCAAACAGCCAGAUCACAAGAUCUCGCCCUCGCCUGAAUGA